AUGGCCACAUCUCUCCUCCAACGCCUGCGUCCUGUCCGCCCUCUGCGCACUCUCCACCCUCGUCCCCGUCAUAACUCGCACAGCGCUGGCCCUCGCCAUGUUCACUUUUACUCCGACCUUGUUCCGGGCAUGAUUCCAGUCGCCCUCCUGGGCUCAGCUGUUUAUCUCGGCCUGCGCCUUGCCCAAUCAAGCAUGUCUCACGAAAAAUAUUUGGAAGAGGCCUUGGAGCGCGUCACACAGCUCGAGGCGGAGGUGGACGCUCUCCGCAACGCCCAGGCGGGUCGUGCCCUGAUUACAUCGCCCUCAAGCGAGGCCAAGUCGCGCUGGCGGCUGUGGUGA